AUAAGCUUACUGGAAUGAUCGCUAGUGUUUUGGUGAAAAAGUACUGGGUGUCGUGCAAACUAGUUGCCUAGGCGCAGACUCUCUAUGGUUUUGUUCGUUUGCAUUUCAGUUUCAGUGGCUAGGGUUCAUUCAUUGAUAGAUCAGAGGGUUCACUAUUCAACAAUUGUCAUAAGUUGAACUCAGCCUAUGGGUGCUUUGCAGCAAUCGACAAACCCCCUUACAGACACGCGUGAGAUUCGGGAAUAUUUGAGGAAUUAGUGAAAGUUUGGUGUAUUUUCUCAAGUAGAAAAUUAAAGAUCAACUUUUCGUAAUGUCGAAAGGCAAUCCGAUUUCUACUCUUCGUGUGUAGCGUUCACUUUGUAAUAUCGUUGUGCUCUCUGAUAUUGAACGAGUAAUGGAGCAACAAUCGAGUGAAAUUCCCGUUACGGACGUAGUACCCGUCCUUGUAAAAGUUGAACCAGUUGAUCAAAAUUCCAGCACACAAGAACCUCUCCCAAUUGUUGCUCAGCCGUCUUCCAACGAGGAAUAUGUUGAGCCCAGGAUUGAAUGCACGACCGAAACUCUUGAGAGUGAAUUCCGGACGUUGUUAACAAAAUGUGUAUUUUGCUCUAAAACAUUCACUGUGGCUGAUAGCUCCAAGCUCUUGGAAUGUCUUCAUGCAGCAUGUGCUUCCUGUAUCAGGGGCAAGCUCAAUGAUCACAAUUUUGCUGAUGUUGAGGUUGUGCUCGAAAGCAAUGUUAUUGUUUGCCAAGUUUGCAAUGUGGCUUGUCGGGUGGAAAACCUGAUAGAAAAUAGGUUUUUCUUGAAAUCAGUUGACGAUGAGAACGCCUGUGGGACAGAUGAUCUGUCGGAUGGGAUGAAAGAGGGAGAAGAAGAAAGAAAAUGUACUAGUUGCCACGAUAAUGCAACUGCAACUAGUUGGUGUGUAGAAUGCGAAGAGUUUAUUUGCGAAAAUUGUGUAUUGGCUCAUCAACGACUCAAGAUAACUAAGGAUCAUACGAUAAAACCUAAGGGUGAACUAGCUAACGAAGAAGAAUAUACAAAAAAAAUAACUAAGAAAUUGCCUGGUUACUUAUUUUGUUCAGUUCACUCCCAUGAACAGCUUUCCUUGUUUUGUCAAACCUGCGACAGACUAACUUGCAGAGAUUGCCAACUUUCCGACCAUCGUGAUCACAAAUAUAAAUUUAUCCAUGAAAUUGCUGCUGAAACCCGUACAUCUAUGUCAACUCUACUCAAAGAAGUUAGCUAUAAAAGGGUUUUGUUGAAGAGUGCUAUGAAAGUCAUAGAAGAUCGACAAACUUUGAUACUAGAGAAGAAGAAAAGCCUGGUUCAGGAUAUUACGCACAUGGUUGUACAGUUGACAAAUGCAAUCAACACAAGGGGAAAACAAUUAGUGCUCCGGCUAAAUGAAGUAUGUGAUCAGAAGCAAAAUACUCUGAACGAAAAGAAAGUUGCCUUAGACCAACUCUCGAAACUCACGGAUCAUUGCAUUCAAUUUGUCAAUCAUGCUUUAGACAAGGGCUCUGAUAUGGCCUUGUUGUACAGUAAGAAGUCUGUUAUAAAUCAUCUUCAAAGAAUAAAAACUCGUCGUGCCGAUAUUCCAAACCCUGAAAUACCAGUGAGAAUCCAUUUGUCAUUAGAUAAAGUUCCAGAUCUAAUAAAAGUGGUCUCAUCUAUUGGGGCUAUAGUUGUGGAUGGUAGGGUAUAUCCGUCAAUUUCUCCUACCUCUGGGCCGCUGCCUCUGUCAAAUCAAUUCAACGAACCGAACGUAGAGCAAAAAUCUCACCACCCCAAUAACCCAUCACACUCCGAACAAUCCGUUCUACCUUCACAUGGUCCAUCACCAACGCAACAUGCCAGUAUUCCGCCAAAUCCUUAUCAACAAAUGCCUCAUCCCUUAGCUCAACAGCAAUCAAUUCCGAAUUACAUGCAUUAUAACCACCAUAAUCACCCUCCUCGUUCAUCCCCACAAACGGCAUUACAUCCUCCCCGUCAACCCUAUGGGUUGAAUCCCAACCCACGAUUACAGCAGUCUUUGUUGAUGUCACAACGACCUCCAGGUAGCUGUCACCAACAAGUGACUUCCUCAACGCAUCCUCAUCAACAGCUCCAUUUGGAUCAGCUCGGUCAAAAUCCAAGUCUCCGGGGCCUUCUGGCUCACAACCCUCCGCCUUACAGACCUUCAAAUAAUCACUUAGCCUAUCGUUUCCCUACAAAUUACCGCUGUCCUGGGAAUACCUCACAACGACCAUUACCGCCUCACACAUUUCAUCAACAGACAAAUCAGGCCUUGGGAUCAGGUGUGAGAAUGCAACAGGUUAGCCCCACUACACCUUUAACCCAGCAUCUAAAUUAUUCCGUUCAUCAGCCACCAGCCGCACGCUGGCAUAUUCCUCAAAAUCUGAAUCCCCGCCCUCCUUUUUAUCCUGCCCGGCAUUCUACACCUCCUGUAACAGCACCUGCAAAUGACACGUAUAAAAUAACUCUGAAAAAUCCGCAUGCUCCUAAUCAAAAAUUUACUUCAAGUACAAAUGUAAAUUCAGAUGUUUUGCCUCUGUCCCAAAAUUUGUCUAUUGGACAAGCAGUGAGCUCGUCUGUUCCAAAAACGCCCAGCCCGGUACCUUCACAUGCAAAGGCUGACGAUCCUGAAAAAAGCUUAGACCAAUUUUGUCAGGAAUCUGUUAAGGAUUUGAUGUUAACUAUCGCUAAACUUGAUAGCAAUGGAAUCGUUGUGAUCCCAGAAGCACAAAGAAAUCAGUUAGAGUCUAUUCAGGUCGAUAGUUCUACAGAUGAAGGCAUGCAUUCGCUCACCGAUAAUACUUCAGAUAAUUCGAAAAAUACUACGGCAUGUAUGACUAAAGAUGAUCCAAAUGAAGAUUGGUGCGCUGUCUGUAUGGAUGGGGGAGAUGCUGUACUGUGCUGUGACAAAUGCCCCAAGGUCUUUCAUCUUUAUUGUCACAUACCUGGCCUGAAAACAUUCCCAGAUGAAAGUGAAACUUGGCAGUGUAUGUUGUGUACCAAUGUACUGGACUGUUCGGAAGACCCACCAGGCGAGAAGAGAAUACCAGGCAUGAGUGCUCGUGAUUUAAGAGUGGCACAACGCAUAGUAUUAGAGCUUUACUGCCAAUAUGAACACAGUUUACCUUUCAGAGAAGUUGUUUCCACAGAGAUUGUCGAGUAUCAUCGCAUUAUAAAGAACCCCAUAGCCUUGGAUGUUAUUCGAAAUAAAUUAAAGCCUGAUCAUCCUGAACACUACACAGACUUACGUCAAGUCUUGGCAGACAUCAGAUUGAUGUUCAAAAAUGCUUUUACAUAUAAUCCAGUGGAGUCACAAGUAUAUCAAGAGGCUCGAAAUUUGGAAGAAUUUUUUGAAAAACUACUUCUCAAGUGGGUACCAAUGUACGCGUAUGAUGAUACUUUUCUCACAGGUGAGUGUGAGGAAAAAGAAGACGUGUUUCCUCCUAACAAAAAAUAUCGUCGUAUCAUAAGUGAUUGACUGAAGCAUAUCAUAAAAAAUGCCAGGCAAGCAAUUUGAGUUAAUUUAAAAAUUCAUCUAAUUAUCUGUAGUUGAUAAUUUUGGGAUUUGAAACGUAACUACUGCGUUGACAAAUGUAUAUAAUAUUUGGUAUACUAUGUACUAGAUUUGCCAACGUUUGCUAGCUUUUGUUAUAGCCGGACAAAUCUGUAUGACUGUAGUCAUUCGAUAACAGAUAUUCAUUAGUUGAAUUAGGGUACAAUAUCGUUUACCUUGUGAUCAACUUUGGGUAAUUCGAGUAAGCAAUAAAAACAAUGAAAUAUAUUCGAUUCGCUAAGCUACCUUUGUGGCAUAUCGUCAAAAAGUUUCUUCACGAAUUAAAUUAUACAUAUGCGUAUACUAUAUUUAUUGCCACAUGAUAUGCCUGAUUGUAUAAAGAAUUUCAUGACUUGGAAAUUUUUUUUUCACUGUCAUGUAGUAGUAAUUUGAUAUUUUAAAAAUGGGUUUGAUACUCUUUUGUGAGUCAAGAACCCUUCCCAAUAUUCUAUAUAUUUGAUUUUAUCGGAAUGGUAAUCAUACUUUCUCUGUACGACAUAGCUAAAGUUAUACCACACAAUUUACGUCUGAUAUUUGAACGGUAACAAAUACAUUAUACAAAUGUAUUCAAUAUGAUUGGAUGUGGACGAUAGGGACGAUUUAUAGUGCCGAGGACAAUUAUAGGUAUUACAAGUCUAAGUAGUCCAAUUAAAUUAACGUUUACAUCGGGACAUUGAGGUAUUGCUUCCGGAUGGAGAUUUUUGAUACUAAUGUUGAAAUAAUGAUCGUUGAAUUAGCUGUAGUAAUUGAUGUAUCAAAAAUACUCAAUUGGAUAGAGAAUCACGGAUUUAGUGUGCAAACUUAUUGGACAGCCUACCUUUCGACUUUAUAAAUUGAAAAUCGACCAAUUGUCGCUGAAUAAACAAAGUUGCUCGUUGAUGUGUUCAAAAUUCACAAGUUUCAAGUACAAAUGUAUCGUGUAGAUAUACAUAAAUCUGUUGAACGCAUUGAAGCCGAAAUAUACAAUGUAUGUUCUAUUUUAAAUAUUAGUUUCCACGGUGUGACAUCUGCAGUUGUUUGGUAGAAAAAUACAUUUUGAAUUAAUUGCAGUUUUAUGAAAUGUUUUGUGAAUAGACGACGUUAAUGAUUAAAGAUAUGAAAAGAUAACAUCCGCUCGCAGAGCAUGCUAAUGAUCUGGAUCCAGAAGUUCUUGUAAUUCAUGACGUAAAGAAUUUAAAUGCGAACACAUAUUUUCAUGUUAUUUAAAGAUCAACCAUUCAUCUCAAUUAUUAUCUAUGUAAUUUACUUAUUUGUUUAUAAUUUGAAUUUUAAAUAAGACCACUUAAGGCUUA